UGUCACUCUCCUUCUCUUUCUCUCUUCGCCUGCCUCUUGUCGCCUUCCUUCCUUCCUCCUGUCGGUCCAAACAAUAGAAUCGGCGAGAUGAAGGAUUGGAGGGGAUGGGACGUCGAGGCAGGGGGCGCUGCCGCCGGCGGUGGUGCGUCGCUGUACCCCAACAUGAUGGAGAGCCCGCAGCUGCGGUGGGCGUUCAUCCGCAAGGUCUACACCAUCGUCGCCCUCCAGAUCGUGAUCACCAUCGGCGUCGCGGCGGCCAUCAACUUAAUCGCUCCGGUCCGCGACUUCCUCCUCGACCGCUCGACCGCCUCGUUCGCGGCCGGCGUCGCCAUCAUGAUCUUGCCGUUCUUGGUAAUGCUUCCGAUGAUGUACUUCAGCGAGCGCCACCCAAUCAACUUUGUCCUCCUCGUCCUCUUCACCGUCUGCAUCGGCUUCGCUGUUGGAUUGGCAUGCACGACUCGAGGAGGCACGGCUAUACUGGAAGCUGCAACCCUAACAGCUGCGGUGGUUGGGGGUCUCACUCUCUACACAUUCUGGGCGGCCAAGAGAGGCCACGACUUCAGCUUCCUCGGUCCGUUCUUGUUUGCGGCUCUCCUUGCACUGACCAUCUUCUCCCUCAUCCAGGUGUUGUUUCCGAUGGGAACGAUCACGACGAGGGUGUUCGGGUGCAUUUCGGCGGUGGUCUUCGCCGGCUUCAUCAUCUACGACACCGACAACCUGAUCAAGCGACACAGCUACGACCAGUACGUGUGUGCCGCCAUCUCGCUCUACCUAGACAUCAUCAAUCUCUUCUUGGCGUUGCUCAGCACCAUGGAAGACUGAUGCGAGUUUGUAUCGGCCCACCCACCAUCGGCGGACUUCGAUUUGUGUGUUGGAGACAAUAAGGUUGAACCCACCCUCGGAAUGAGAUGCCACCAGACCAGGCCGAGGAGUCGGUCGCCUGUGGUUAAUUGAGGUCUUCAACUGUGUGUCUACCUUGUUCUUGGAUGUUUGUCUACAUAGAUAUCGAUAUAUAUUUGGAGUAAGGAUUAGUCUUAA